CGAUUUUUGAAACGCACACAACAGGGGGGCCAAAUCGCCCCCAUUCCCCGUUCCAAUCCUCCAUCCCCCACCCCACCCCCACGCUCGCUGGGAGCUCUCCGCCACCCCGCGCGGCGGCGAGAUCGAGGCGCCGCCGCCGCCGUAUGGCCUCGGCUGAUCCCUUCCUAGCCGCAUCGUCCCCGGCGCACCUCCUCCCCCGAACCCUCGGCCCCGCCGCGCCGCCCGGGACCGCCGCGUCCCCCUCCGCGGCCCGCGGGGCGCUGCUCGACGGCAUCUCCCGACCACUGAAAGGGUCCAAGGAGCUAGUUGAGCAGGCUAGAAUGGCGAUGAAGGCUGUCGGGGACAUAGGGAAGCUCUAUGGCGGCGAUGGAGCGGGGGUGGCUGCCGCCGCUGCGGAUGGCAAGAACAACCAGCUGGGGAGAAGGCCUGCGCCGGACCGCAAGCGAUUUCGGCUCAAGACCAAGCCCCCCGCGAACAAACCGGUGCAAAAUGUGGACUACACAGAGUUACUGAACAUUGAAGAUCCUGAUGAAUACUUUUUGACCCUGGAAAAGCUCGAAAGAGCUGAUAAGGAGAUUAAAAGGUUAAGGGGUGAGGUUCCAACUGAAGGAACAUAUAAUAACCGAGGCAUUGAACCACCUAAGCUACGACCUGGGCUGUUGAGGAGAAAAUCAGUCCAUUCUUACAAGUUUAGCGCCAGCUCUGAUGCCCCAGAUGCCAUUGAAGCACCUGCUUCCCAAACAGAAACUGUGACAGAAUCACAGACUACCCAAGAUGAUGUGCAUGGCUCAGCUCAUGAAAUGACAACAGAGCCUGUUUCUUCAAGAUCUAGCCAAGAUGCUAUACCAGAUAUCUCAGCGAGAGAAGAUUCAUUUGUUUGGAAGGAUAACAGUUUCACCUUGAAUUACUUACUCUCCGCAUUCAAAGAUCUGGAUGAAGACGAAGAAGAAAAUUUACUCCGAAAGACUUUACAGAUUAAAGAAAUAAGCAUAGGAAAAGUUUGUCUCCCUGACUUCAAUGUUCCAGGUGACACGCCUGCAAGCAACACUACUGAGCAGAAAAAUCCCAUGAGUGAUCAUGCAUUAGAAAGAACUGCACCUGGAAGCAACCUUGCUCGAAUUUCACAAUUGGAGAAACGCAUUUUUGUUGGAGAUGCCCUGGAAGAUAAACAUGCAGAUCUUUCAAAAGAUGAUGAAUCUGAUGGGUCUCCGGAAAGUCUGCUGUGUAAACAAUCACCUGUGCGACGUUCAUCUGAUGCAGUGGGUUUGAUGAUCAAUGAGGGCUCUACUGCAAUGGAGACCCCAAGUCCUAGCAUCAAAUCUCCAGAGCAUGUGCUUGAAUCUGAAUCGAACCCUCCAGAUGGUGUAACAACAGAUGAACAGCCAACAGAAAAUUCACCAAUUGGUGUGGACAGAGAUAGUGAACUUGUCAAAGAGAAGGGCACAUCUUCCAGGCAUAGUGUUUCGUUAGAGGAAGAUGUUAUGCCAAUAGAUUGCACGGUUUCUCCUCCCGAUCAUUUGGAAGGUGGCUCGACUGAAGUGUUGACGAACAUUACAAGUAGAAAUGUAUCUCCAUUGCAUCAUGGAGAUGGCAAUUCUGAACAUCAGGAAAUAGUUGGAGGUGAUGUGGCCCAAGAUAAUCCGAUCCAUACACUGGAAACACCCCCAGAAGAUACUCCACAGAAUCAAUCUGAAAUACAUCGUGGAAGCAUUGAGAAACUGGCAGUUGAUAAAAGCAACGCACUCUCCCCAAGUCAAGGGAAGCAACAUAGAGGCAAAAAUAAGAAGCAGCCAUCGAAGAGAGGAAAAAGAGAGACAGAUAAUCCGAUCCAUACAUCAGAAACACCCCCAAUGGAUACUAAUCCACAGAAUCAAUCUGAAAUACAUCGUGGAAGCAUUGAGAAACUGGCAGUUGAUAAAAGCAAUGCACUCUCCCCAAGUAAAGGCAAGGAACAAAGAGGCAAAAAUAAGAAGCAGCCAUCGAAGAGAGGAAAAAGAAAGACAGACAACCUGAUCCAUACACCGGAAAUACCCCCAGAAGAUACAGACAACACAGUACAUACACCGGAAAUUCCUCCAGAAGAUACUUAUCCACAGAAUCAAUCUGAAAUACAUCGUGGAAACACUGAGAAACUGGCAGUUGAUAUAAACAAUGCACUCUCCCCAAGUAAAGGCAAGGAACAAAGAGGAAACAAUAAGAAGCAGCCAUCAAAGCGACAAAAAAGAGCAGCAGGUGAGGCAGGUGAUUUGGAAACACACGCACCAAACUUUGAACCAGAGAUUCAACCUCAUGUGCAGGACACAGAUGUUGAGCAACAGCCAGCUUGUACAAGCCAGUCACCAUCACCGAGUAAUGGUACGAGUAAAAAUGAAGUUCGAAAGAGAAAUAAGAAGCAAGAUUUGAACAGAAGAAAAAGCUUGGCAGAUGCGGGUCUUACUUGGCAAGCGGGUGUUAGACGAAGCACACGAAUACGGUCAAAACCUUUGCAGCAUUGGCUUGGUGAAAGAUUUAUAUAUGGGCGUAUACAUGGAACAAUGGCCACAGUCAUCGGUGUUAAAUCAUUCUCUCCUAGUCAGGAAGGCAAAGGCCCAUUGAGGGUGAAAUCCUUUGUUCCUGAACAGUUCUCAGAUUUGUUAGCCGAAUCUGCCAAGUACUGAGGUCCUGGCCCGGGAAAGUCCCUAUCUUCCUUUCUUUGGACAAGUUGCAUUCUUCGACAUGCAUGGCUCGCGCAACCUGUGAUCUGUUCCGUAUCUAUGUGUUACUUUUGCUGUUAAUUUUUCGUCAUUUGAGGUGCUUCCUCCUAUAUUGUAGAGCUAACUCUGUGUAGAAGUGUUUGUAUCUGUGGAGUUGCAGUGUAAUGCAUACAUGCUAUGAACUUGCAUACAUGAUUUAUUUUUUUUAAAAGGAAGCUGCUCGGAGUCGGGGCCCGGGACUGCCCAUUUUCAUUUGUAGCUGUUG